AUGAAGCUCACUUGGUUGGAGGCUGCUGCUUUGACAGCUGCUUCUGUAGCUAGUGCCCAGGAUGACCUCGCUUUCUCCCCGCCGUACUAUCCGUCUCCUUGGGCAAAUGGCCAAGGUGAAUGGGCCGAAUCAUACAAUCGCGCCGUCGAGAUUGUCUCUCAGAUGACGUUGGCGGAGAAGGUCAACAUUACAACUGGUACAGGAUGGCAGCUGGAAAAGUGUGUUGGACAAACAGGAAGCGUUCCUAGACUUGGACUAGGAUCAAUCUGUUUACAAGAUAGCCCUCUGGGUAUCCGUUUCUCGGACUCGAAUUCGGCGUUCCCUGCGGGCGUUAAUGUUGCCGCGACAUGGGAUCGGCAACUCGCCUACCUUCGUGGAGAGGCAAUGGGCCAAGAGUUUAGCGACAAGGGCAUCGAUGUGCAACUGGGCCCGGCAGCUGGCCCGCUCGGCAGACACCCCGACGGUGGUCGUAACUGGGAAGGUUUCUCUCCUGAUCCUGUUCUCUCUGGUGUAUUGUUUGCGGAUACCAUCAAAGGUAUCCAGGAUGCCGGUGUGGUCGCAACCGCGAAGCACUACCUCGUCAACGAGGAAGAGCAUUUCCGACAGGUGCCCGAGGCUAUUGGCUAUGGCUACAACAUCACCGACACUUUGAGUGAGAAUCUGGAUGAUAAGACCAUCCACGAACUAUAUGCUUGGCCCUUCGCUGAUGCCGUGCGUGCUGGCGUUGGUGCUGUCAUGUGCUCCUACCAACAGGCCAACAACAGCUACGGCUGCCAAAACAGCCACCUUAUCAACAAGGUGCUGAAGGCUGAAUUGGGAUACCAGGGAUUUGUUAUGAGCGACUGGUCUGCGACGCACAGCGGUGUCGGUGCAGCUCUGGCUGGAAUGGACAUGACAAUGCCCGGAGACAUUGCAUUCAACGACGGCUACUCGUACUUUGGACCCAACCUGACGAUCGGUGUCCUCAACGGCACCAUUCCCCAGUGGCGUGUGGACGACAUGGCUGUGCGCGUCAUGACUGCCUACUACAAGGUUGGCCGUGAUCGGCUCUACCAGCCCCCGAACUUCAGCUCCUGGACGAGAGCUGAGGAGGGAUUUGAGCACUUUGCUGUUUCGGAAGGCUCAUACGGAACCGUGAACGAGUUCGUUAACGUUCAGCGUGACCACGCUGAUAUCAUCCGUCGCGUGGCAGCGGAGGGUGUUGUGCUCCUGAAGAACCAUGGCUCACUACCGCUUACCGGCAAGGAGCGCAAUGUAGCUCUCCUUGGUGAAGAUGCGGGCUCGAACCCUGAUGGAGCUAACGGUUGUGAUGAUCGUGGAUGUAACCAAGGCACCCUAGCCAUGGGCUGGGGUAGUGGAACUGCAAACUUCCCGUACCUGAUCACCCCCGAGCAGGCGAUCCAGCAGGAAGUGAUCAAUGGCCGCGGCAAUGUGUUCACGGUGACCAAUAACUACGCCCUCGACAAGAUUGAAAAGACCGCUGCUGAGUCUACCGUCUCCCUUGUGUUUGUCAACGCCGAUGCGGGAGAAGGAUUCAUUAGCGUCGACGGAAAUGAAGGUGAUCGCAAGAACCUCACCCUGUGGGGGAAUGGCGAGAAUGUGAUCGAUGCCGCUGCAAGCAACUGCAACAACACCAUUGUCGUCAUUCACUCCGUCGGUGCCGUUCUAGUGGACAAGUUCUACGAACACCCCAACAUCACUGCCAUCCUCUGGGCCGGUCUUCCAGGCCAGGAAUCUGGAAACUCCCUUGCCGAUGUGCUCUAUGGCCGCGUCAAUCCUAGUGGAAAGACCCCAUUCACAUGGGGCAAGACUCGGGAGGCGUAUGGUGCUCCGCUACUGACUGAGGCCAACAACGGCAACGGCGCUCCGCAGACCGACCACACCGAAGGCGUUUUCAUCGACUACCGCCACUUUGACAAGACCAACCAGACCCCGAUUUACGAAUUUGGCCACGGUCUGAGCUACACCACAUUCAGUUACUCGAACCUAACCAUUCAAAAGCUGAAUGCUCUUAACUAUACCCCAACCACAGGCCAGACCAAGGCCGCGCCCACAUUCGGCAAGAUCGGUACGGCUGCGGACUACGUCUUUCCAGACAACAUCAAGCGGAUCAGACAGUUCAUUUAUCCCUACAUCAACUCAACCGAUCUUAAGGCGUCCUCCGCAGACCCCCACUAUGGAUGGGAUCACACCGAGUACAUCCCUGAGGGAGCUCGGGACGGCUCUCCACAAGCACUUCUUCCAUCCAGUGGAGCUCCUGGUGGAAACCCACGGCUCUGGGAUGACCUCUUCCGGGUCUCGGCCACGAUCAAGAACACAGGGUCCGUGCCCGGCAAGGAGGUUCCUCAACUGUAUGUUUCCCUUGGCGGGCCCAACGAGCCAAAGGUCGUCCUGCGCGGCUUCGACAAGCUCGAGAUUCGACCCGGUGAAGAGCGCGUGUUCACAGCUACGCUGACCCGCCGCGACUUGUCCAACUGGGACUCCGGGAAGGACAACUGGGUCAUCACACCCUACCCUAAGCGGGUGUUUGUUGGAAGCUCGUCUCGCAAGCUCACCCUUAGCGCGUCCCUGCCUAAGGUUCAGUAA